AAAAAUAAGCUAAUGUGUAAGGUUAGAAAAGAAAAGUUGGAAUGCAACUUAGAGCAUGUUUAUAAUGUGCACAGAAAAAGCUCGAGAAUGGUAAUUUUGGUUUAAAUGUGCUGGUUAGUUGAUGUUAUGACUACUUUAAAUUUUAAGGAUUGUGACACACUCCUACUAUUGAAAAACCUCAGUGUAACUUUAAUAUAUUUGCUGCUGUGACAUUUCAAAACAUUUUCAGUUUAUCAAAAUGAAUUACAGAUUUCAUUUUGGUGGGCGAUACAUUAUCAUUUUGCUAAUAACCAAAUUUGCAGUUUGUUCAGGGUCUUGAAUAGAUUUACAAAUAUUUAACAGUAAAGCUGUUUUGAACUUUCAUUAAUGUAAACUCUAUUAAUUGGGUAUUUAGAAGCUGGGCAGUACAUUUUAACAUUUAUUAGAUUCCUAAGAGAGACCAGUCAUUUUUAUAUAGCAGUUUUAAAGUACAGCUCAGAGUUUCCAUGUUGGAUUUAUGGAGUAUGCAGUUUUAGUGGUACAAUUAAAGCAUGUGCCUCCAUGGAAAGGAUGAGGAUUUGCUUUGUAUAUUCAGAAUUCUCUGAGUGCCCCUUUUCUCUGUUAGAAUUCAGGUUCUGAUCAUCGAAGCCAGUUUUCCUAAAUCCAAAAGGAAUACUUCUAGCUGAAUUUUAAAAAACAAGUGCACCUUGUCAAAUGCUUGUGUUCUUACACUUGUGUUUGUGUGUAUUUAAUAAUCACAUAUACAUGUAAUACUAAAGAGAUUCUCAGCUAUUAAAUUUAAAAACUGCUUACAUAUUUUUAAAGAAACUGAAGAGUGAGAAACUAUACCACCAAGUAGUUAUUUGGUCUCUUAGAUAUAUUUUCAGCCCUCUUCAGCUGUUAAUGUUAUCUGCAUACUAGGAUAUGAAUCCUCUUGAUCCUCCCCUCCCCCAAGAAAAUAUACAUAAUAGAUUACAAAACAGCAGAUGUCAGGGUCAUCUUUCUUUUUAAAGAAUUAAGCCAUAUUUUGUGAGGGCCAGAACUUGGAUUAUGUAAUAUAUUUCCCCCUCUCCCCAUUGAAAAAGUUAAAGCUAAAGUGAAAGUUUCAAACCGAUUUUAUUGACCUCUUUAUACAGAAUUUUACUUCAAAACUUUGGGGGCUUGAAUGCAUUACAUAAUAUUUAUAUUGUAUUGAGGUUUUUUAUUCCUCACACUAUAUUUACAUUAAAUUGAUUGAGAAGUUUAUAGUAAAGGGAAACUUACAGAACACUUUUAUAUCAUUUAAAAGAUGACCUGACCAAAACCUUUACAGGAUUCAUAAAAUCAGGGAUCAUUUUGCUAUUGACUUCACAGUGAUCAGUAGUUUUAUAGGUAAUAUUAGAGUUAAUUUGCAGCAUUUUAGUACUUGUAUUAUUUAUUUUUGGUCAGAAUUAGCAAAUUAAAAUAUUUUUUGAUAGUCUAUAGAUAAUGAUCAACCCAUAACUUUUAAAAGAAACAAAAUGUUUCUAAUUAUUGAAUUAGCUUUUGAUUAUUCAAACUAGGAAAGGCAGGGAAAUUUAUGGGUUCCCCUUCUCCCCAGUGAUCCUAUUAAGAUAUUCUUUACGUUAAACUUUCAAAGUACUUUAUAAAUUUAGUUACCAGUUACUACUUAUUGACAGUUUUCUGAAAAAUCCAGUUUCAGCAGAUUUUUAAUGAAGGUGAAAGCAACCCUUAUGUGCUUUCUACUUAUUUGAAUGUUCCUCAAAUAUUUUAUACUUAAAAAAGAAAGAAAGAAAGAAAAGAAAAAACAGUGCCUCUGUUUUUAGAACUACUGCUCAGUAAAGUUGUUUAAACCAUUUCUGGUAGCUAAUGACAAUUUUAUAUUAAAUUGUAUACUAACUUUAGUGAGACUGAUUUUUUAGUUGUUUACAGUACAAAUACUUGUAUUUGUUUUUUAAUUGCAGUAUUUCCAUUGUCUCAGUAAUUUAGUAAAACUCUGUGGCUGCCUUGAUUUUGACAGAUUCUGUUAAUAUAAACUGAUUGUUAGGCAAUUAGUUAUAUUUAUGCAUAAAUCAAUUGCACUAUAAUUCACGAAUUAUUUAUUACAAUAUUUUCUAAUGAAUUCAUGUAUCUGUCUUGUGUUGUAAAUGUACUGUAAUUCUGUUUCUACUUUGUGUUGUUAUAUAUCUAAAUCUGAUUGUAUGAAUUUUAAUUGUUCAGUUAAUGUGUUUCUAGGUUGUAAUUUGUAGUAAAGCACUUCAAUGCUUUUGCACAUAAAUUUACAACACUGUUGGUGUGUGAUUGAUUUACUCAUUCAGUAAAAGAAGAAAAAAAGCAAAGAAAAAGACUGACUACACUGACUUCUUUGAUUCACUUUAGGAAGCAGUUGUAUUAACAUUAAUGUUAGAAAUUUUCUGAAGAAAUAUUUCAACAACAAGACUUACAAUGGGUGAAAUGGAUAAUAUGCAGAAAAUAGGCAGGAUGUUUUAGUUGAUAAACAGGAAAAGGUUAGAAAAAAUUUUGACAUUAAAAACAAGGGAUCUAUGAAAAAUAGAAUUUUAGAAACUUUAUACCAUCACUUGGAAAUAAACUCUAGGUUUGAGACUUUUAUGUGUAUUCACCUGUUAAUUGGUUAUAUGAUAGAUUUUUCUUUGAGAUUCUCACAUGCAAGAAGUAUGGAAAAGAAAAAAAAUGAACCAAAUUUAAGUAUAUGGUGGAGUUCUGUAAGAACUUAGAUAUGAAUCUAAUAUUGAAAUAUUUAAUUGGUAACUUUAUUAAGUAAUUUUUUAUAUAGCACUAGAAUGGGAUGUGGUAUAUUUGGAAUUUCAUUAAUUUAAGUAAUAAACUGAGUAAGAAAACUUUUGAAGCAUAAACUUCCUUGGAAUGUCAGAAAGGGGAUAUCAAAAUCUUCCAGUGUUUUUAUAAUAAUUUUGAAUUUUAUCAACUUGAAAUUAUAACGUUUCUCAGAAUACUUAACACUAGUCUUAGUUUUGAUUAUUUUUAUUUUAUACAUGACUUUACUAACAGAAAAAAAGCCUGUCAGCGUUUUAGGAACUAUUAGCAUAUUAAUCUCUAAAAUACAGUACAAGAUAUUAUCUAAGAAACAUGUAAUUUCUCUUUUUAAUUAUUAACAGAUUUACUUAAUAGGUGACAACAUAAUUUUAAGGAAACUGUUGGAGUACGCUUAACUUUUUGUGUUUUCUUUCAGUUAUGUGAAAAUUAUAAUUUUUAAUUUGAUGGAAAAGAGUAUGUUAUCACUUAUCUUAAUAUUUGAUAGCUAUCAUUUCCCCAUACCUUUGUUCUCAACAUAUAUUUUUUGAAUUUUCUAAUAAUGGCUCUUGGAGGUCACUUUACUCUCCCAGCCAUGAUAAAAUUUACAAAAAAAUAUUUUCUAAAAGGAAAGGCUAUUGGAGUCAUGUCCUGUCUUCAUCUGUUUGGAAGUGGCAGUGGACUUCAAAAGGUUUUAAGUAACUUCAUAACUUCUCAUUUUGUGUGAUAGCUUCCUGAUGUCAAAUUACAUGCUAGCUAGUUUUAGUGAGACUUUGGUUGAAUCUAGCAAAGUUAUCUUUUUUCCAGAAAAAUUUUUACAAAUGUUCCAGAUUUGCUUUGAUGUUUUUGUUAGUCAAAUAAUCUAAUUUUACAAAAUGUAAAUGGGGUAUUGCAUACUUUUCUGUGACAUAGAUUAAGCAAAUUUUAGGGACUAGAAUAAAAGAUUAAUUCCACUUUUCAUUUUAAAAGAAAAUUCUUUAAUUUUUAAUAUACAUAAUAAGUCUUUAUUUAAAUAAAAUACCUUGUUCAGUAGCAGUUCAUAAUUAGCAUAUCCCAAUUCCAAUCCUAAAUAAAAUUUCUAGAAACUGGGCACUGUUAACUACAACAAAUCUAAAAAAUGAGUGGAAGGCUAGUUUCAUGUACAGAGUUUGGUGAUAUGUUUAAUUAAAAUAGAUACUUUUCUGAAACAGAAUUCUUUAAUAUGUUUUGUUUUUCUUACUGCUGGCAUUGGAUUAAAAAAAUUUUUUUGUAGAUUUCUAUGUUGGUUGCUAAGCAAUCCUGGGUCUUAGUUAAAGUUAGAUUCAUAUUAGUUUCUGCAGUGGGACAUUUUCCAGCAUUUGAAAUUAAAUAAUUAGUUCAACUGUUGAUGCAAAUUCAGAGGAAGCUACUAAAAUGGAAAAAGAAAAAUCAGCAUUAAGCAAAGUUUUGGAAUCUUUGUGCAUACAUCACCAGCAACAAAUUUUGGCUAUGUUGAAAAUUCUAGUUCAAGAGCAAAAUGCUGCUUCUGUUUGCUGUUGUAAUACAUCAUAUGCUGUGUCUUCAGAAUCUCAAAAGCCCCUAAUUGAGGAUGAUUUACGUGGUCUAUAUUGUAGUUGUGGGGAAUAUAGACUGGCAGAAAGAGGGUGUUUACAGAAUGAAAGACGAAGUCCUGGGUUAGCACCUCUGUCAGACUGUAUCAAAGAUUUACAUUGUUUAUCUUGCCAAACUGUAACUAUUGAACACAUUGAGACAGUAGUGAAUAGAAGAAUUUCAGACCGUUAUGAUUCUCUCAGGUGCUGUUCUGGACCAUUACCAAACAUUCACCCUACAAAAUCAGCCUGUCAUACUCCUCCUUUGUCAAGGGAAGUAUGUGAUGUUUCGAUCAAUCUUAAAGACGUGUGUAGAUCUCGAAGUCCCUCACCUCCACGAUUAUCACCUGUACAGACUGAAGAAUUUGAAAAAUUGAAAGAUGUUAUUUCAAAAUUUUCAGCCUUAGAAAAUAACAAACUUGAAACAAACAUUAACCAGCCUCCAUCUCUCAUACCAGCAGAAGUCAGCAGUGACAAGGAUGAUAAUGAAGGUAAAAUAUAUAAAACUAAAAUAUCCAUUAACUCUGAUUCUUUGCUCUUGGGAGACAGCAAUAAUUAUAAUACAAAUCAGGAAAAAAGUGAAAACGGUUUAAUUUUUCAAGAUUUAAUGGAUCGUAUUAAUGAAAAAUUAAAGUUAAUAGAAACUACAGAUAUGACAAACUUUGUGAAAUCAUCUAGUGGUGAUUGUAAUACAGAUAAUGAUUUAAAAUUGGGAAAUUUAAUAACCUCUCUCUUGCACAAUGCAAAGGCCAAUGAUUACAGUUUUAUGGAAUUACUGAGUCAACAUGAUAAAAAAGUAGAAAGUAAAAUUAUUCAGACAAGAUUUCAAAAGCGGCAAGAAACCCUGUUUGCAAUGCACAACUCUCCUGAUUCACCCGUAUUUAGAAGGCAGUCUUUACAGUUAAAAAGAGAACUGGCUAGUCUUGAUGAAAAUUUUAUAAGAAAAAGAUACACUGAAAAAAAAUCAAGGAAAUCUAUGCGCAAUGGUGAGAGAUUUUCAAUGGACAAAGAAGAAACCUAUCGUUACCAGAGGGCUUCUUUACAAAAUUUUAAAAGCCAUCAAGAUAAAAAUCAUGCGGAAACAUCAUUUUCACGAGAUUAUACAUUACAAUCAUUGCAACUACCUCUUCAUAGUUUAGAAACUAACUUGACUUUUGACACAUUUUCAGAAAACUUUAAAACAACUCCUGAGAAAAUGAGCAAAAGAAAAUCACGGGAGAAAUCUGCAGCUGGGGGAAAAAAAAUACAGAAUUAUAGGGAGAAUCCAAAAUUAGAGAACAUUCAUACUCCUUCGAAAAGUGAUGGUCCUGGACUUUUGAGUAGAACUAAACGAAAUAUCGUGCCUCCAGGGUGGUAUUCUAUCUAUGUGACAAAUAAUUAUGUAUUUAAAAAAUCUCCUAAGGCUAAAAGAGUAUCUGAAUCCAUACCAAAAAAAGAUACAGUGAAAAAUAUUCAAAUUGAAAGCUCACACAAUAUAGACCUAAACAAAAUUGCAAUGCAUUCUAAUUUACAAGUUGUUGUCGAGCGUUUGGAAGAUACAAUUAAUAUGGCCCAAAAGUCUUGGAAUAAUAAUCAGCCAUUAUCAGAAGGAUAUAAGACUUCCAAGAAAUUGAUAGAUGAUGCCCAUGGUAAAGACCAAAAUGCUGAUAGAAAUAUGACUCUUAACAUGAGUAGAAUGACAUGCAAAGAGCAGAGUGUAUCAAAACCUGUGUUGGCAUCCAGCAAUAUUAUCAAAAGCAGUCACGUGCCUACAAUGGAUUUGAAUAAUAAAAGACUUGAUAAUCUGAAAAAGUCAUCUGUUUUAGAUACGGGUAGCUUGAUUUCUAGGGUUGAAAGUGUACCAACAAAACAUGAAGGAAUUGAAAGCUCUUUUUCCAAUUAUUCUAGUCCUGUCAAACUCAUGUUUCUAUCUGAGGUUAAAAGCAGUGAAGCAGUCAAAUAUAUUUUAACUUCAGUUGGUACAUCAGAAUCAAAUAUUGAUCUUCCUUCUGAAAAGAGUCUGAGCCGUCAUGUAAUUGAAAAAAAAUCAGAAACAAAUAAGGGUAUCCCAAAUGCAAACUUUGAGAAUUAUAGUUCUAAUCAUAAUGGUGUUGACACUCCUCAAGGAGAACUAAACAAAUUUAAUUGUGCAAAACAAAUUGCAGAAUCCUCUACAAUGUAUAUAGCUGAUACGAAUAGUAACAAGCCACAAGAAGAACCUAAGGAAAAUUCAAGCAGUGCAAUUGAUUCAUCUUUUAAAAGAAAACCAGGUAGACCUAAAAAAAUAGGUCCCCAAGUUGUGAAACAGAUUAAGCGACCAAUUGGAAGACCACCAAAACCUAAAACUGAUCAAACAGACAUCACUAUUGGUGAAAAUGAGGCCUCUAAUGCUGAAGAGAAAAGCCCAGAAUCACUCAUAUCAGAAGUAAAAGAAGGUCUUUACAAAAAGAGUAUUACAGUAACUGUUAUUUAUGGACGGUCAAGAAGAAGUAAAAGAUAUGUUUCUGAAGGAAAUGUAAACAUAAACAAUGUUAUGUCUUUAAACAAUAAUGUUGCUGAUUUUUCGACUGAAUAUAGUAGUCUGAGACAUAUUAGAGAUCAUAAAAUUGACUCGGCUGAAAGAGUAAGUGCUGUAUCAGCUUUGACUACUGAAAGUGAAAUCUUGGGGUCUGGCUAUGAAUAUGUUAGACCUAUCAAGAACAAGUCUGUAAUACCUCACCUUUCCAAGAACAUUAUUCGACCAAAUCAGAAGGCUUUGACAGUAAUUAGGAAGCCUGGUAGACCUGCAAAAGUGAAAAUCUCUGGCAUAUCUGUGACUAUUAAUAGAAUUUCACCUCAGGAAAGAGAAGUAAGUAUUAGCAGCUGCUUACCUCCUUUAGAAAAGGAGAAUAUGUUAGGAAAAAAUCUCCCUGAAGAAAAAUACGAUCACCGAUGUAGUAAAAUAGAUAGAACAAGGCACACUGACGCUGACAUUUUAAAGAAUGGAUCAAAAAGUAUGGUUGCUCCUAUACCUUUGAGACACUCUAUGAGGGAUAGAAAACAAGCUCUGCAUUUUUUACAUUCAUUAGCAUCUUCUAGAUCUCUUAUUUAUAGAAAUGCUCAGCUCCAUAAAUCAUAUAAACUCCAUUUGCAGAAAAGUAAAGGCCGGAAGGAAAAACAUAGGCAGUCAAGGAUAAAAAUAGCUUCCAAAGGUCCCUCAGGAGCUAGAAAUUCAAGGAAUGCAAGAAAGUGUUUGGAAGAUAACAAAUUAAUACCCAUUGCGGAAGUAUCCAUGGAUCCUAUAAUUUCAUCAAACCCUUUACUCAGGUGGUGGGCUUCUACUUCAAAUGAUUCUUUAUUAGAGGAAUUAAACAAUAGAUUUGAGCAAAUAACAAAUGCUUGGGUGCAAGUGAGUGGAGAUGAAGCUGAAAAUUGUGUUUAUAAAAAAAGAGAACACAUUGAAAAUGAUCAUUUCAAAACAGCAAACCCUUUGGAAACCUGCCUUUUGGAACUUCAAGUUUCACCUGUAAAAAUGCUUUUUCAGAAAAAGUAUGACUUAAAUGAACUCUGUACCUGGUUUAUGCAAACGACAGAAACGCAGUCUCUUUCAUUAGUUAGAAAAGCAAAUGCUCGAAACCCUUUGGAGGUAAUAAAUACCAGGGAAAUUAAAUUAGGGACCAAGCAUUCUGAUUUUAAUACUAGCCCCUUCAGAAAGCACUUUAAAAAAUUUGCACUAUCCUCUCCUUCAAAAUCAGCAGGGAAAUUGCAUAUAUUGCAUAAAAUGGUUAGCUCUCCUGUCUUACAUGCGAAAAGUAAUUUAACACUAGCAAGAUUAAAAAGGACCGAGUUUAAAAAGUUGCAGCAUGAAAGGUGGAGAAGAGAGAGAAAGCUGCGCAACCGUGAAACGGUUGGUUGGAACUCUCAAAGGAGAAACUUAAGAUUUUUCUGCCAGAACCAAUUUUUAAAUAAGACUGAGGAAGGAACAAACGUUGACAUCCCACUCCAAGGAAGCAGCACAGUAGAUAAUCAGUUUAUUUUGCCACCUGAGAUCAGGGAUGACUUCCUGCAACAGGCAAUGCCUGGCUUCAAAACACAUGCUAGUUUAGAGAAUAAAUUUAAGUCAGAAACAAAGGAGAAUGGAACAAAUUGCAGCCAAAAAGAAGAAAAGGGAACAAAACUAGGAAAUGUAUGUACAAAUAAUUGGAGGUCAAAAACCUUAAAAGAUUGUAGAAUAUUUUUGAGGAAGAUCAACUAUCUUGAACACAGAAAUACUUUUAAGUUAAAUACAAUCAUGUACUCUCCUGAACCUAUUGAUAGUGGAAGUAAUCAUCAGACUCAUAUAGAAGAAUCAAAGCGCUUUACCUUAAGAUCCCAUUCUGCUAGGCAAAAUUCCUUGAAAAAACAAUCUAAAGAAAUAGAAAAUGCUAAAGCAAAUAAUCCUUCUACCAAUAAGUUUGCCAGCCAACUUGGCAAUAGUAAAUUAAAUAAAUACGUUAACUAUGACAAGAAUCCUUCUGAUAGUUCUGUAGUCCUUAGCAAAUUGAGCAAAAGAAAAAGACCACCUUGGAAGACCACAGAAAUGUCAACAAAAAGACAUAAACAACAGUCUUGCAAGAGUGGACAAAUGACAAACUAUUAUUCAAAAUCCCAGCUAGGUAAGUUUUUCUCUCCUUAAUUUUAAAGUUUCAUUGUAGGUGCCUUGAGUCAAGUAUAAUUGAUGGAAAAGGAGCAACUGAUCCAGUUUUAUUUUCUAAAAUAUUUGGACAACCUAGUUUCUUGGCACCUAGUAUGAAACUCAUGAAAUUAGGUGCUGCUACAUAAACCAGUGAAGUGCCUGGUGGUGCGGUGGUUAAAACGCUCGGCUGAUAACUGAAAGGUCAGCAGUUCGAAAGCACCAGCCGCUCCUUGGAAACCCUAUGGUGCAGUUCUAUUCUGUCCUGUAGGAUCGCAAUGAGUCGGAAUUGACUCGAUGGCAUUAGUAUAAAUAUACCAGUACCAUUCCCCAUGUCUUAAUGUACCCAGGAUUUCAAGCAUAUUAAAAUCUGCUAAGUUGAGACAGAAAGCUUCUAAACAUAUCAUUAAUGUAAAAUAUUCUCUCCUUUUGAAUUUGAUAGAUCUAACUUAAAACUUAAACAAUUUGACUCUGACAGAUAAAUAUGUCCAGUAAUUAACUAAAAAUUAACUACUACACUACAGGCUAAGAUAUAUUUAUACUCUUGAUAAUGUAAUAAAUAACAAUAAGACCAUGUAAAAGAAGUAAAGACUAAAUUGAUAAAGAUGAUCAUAUCUAGUAGGCCUAGGAGCUCAGUCUCAUGUUGACCAUUAUGCUGUCAUGCCUUUUGGUGCUGCUUCUGGGACCACUUUAGGACACAGGUAAUUUGAAAAGUGUCAUGUGAACAAUAUGUUUUUCUCAGUAAAUCAAAAACUAGUUGAAUAUUCUUUUUCAUAUUAGACAUUGAACUAGUUUCCACAGAUACAAAGAUGAGCAUUCCUUUCCACACAUAGCCUAAUAAAGGAGAAAGAGUCAUACACAGGUAAUUGUUAAGGUAAUGCUAAAUUCAGAAUGCAAACUGAAAUUACUUCAGCAAGUAGUUGUGUGCUUUAUUUACUCAGUUAUAUGACCUUUAGUGCCGAAAAGACCUUUGUGCCUCAGGGAGACUGUCAUCCUCAGAACCUAGCGAAAAUUGGAUGUGAGCACUGCGGUUGCCAAUGUAGCCAUUUCCACCUGUGCUUAGUAGUAAAUGCUAGAUGAUGUGGGAUGUUUAGGAGUGUAAUAGCACUUAUUGAUACUUCCCUGACAUGAAAGGGUGCCAGGUUACAUUUAGAAAUUUAAGGAUAUUUUAUCAAAUAACUUCAGUAUUACUUUGCACAUUUUAGGGAAACUUUUUUGGGGGAUUUAGGGUGUUAUUGGUUUUAUUUUUGUUACCUUUUACCCUUUUUAAAAGCUAAAACCAAUAUUAAAAGCAGUAAUUAAACUCUAGAGUUUUAAUAGGUUAAAUUACUAUGGCCCCCAAAAGUUAACUAUGUAACGGAAUAAUUUAAAAUUUACCCACUUCAGUGAUAUCUAAUGCUCAAUUAUAAAGGUGGUCAAAGUAGUCUUAUGAAAGAUAAAUCAAAACUAAAAAGAAUAUCCUUUGUCUCUUGCCCUCAGGAUUACAUUAUAACAAAAAUAACAUCAUUAAUAAAUACUCUGUGAGAAAGAAAAGAGGGUAAACAAUUUGAUAAUGAUUAAAAACAGCCACUACAAAAAAAAGCAACUUAUAAUUCACCUAAAAAUACCCACACAUAUUUUAAAAAACUGUCAUGAAUAAAGAGUAAGGUGUAAAGUUUCAUUUUUAAUUCUCUAUCCCAUCCUCAUUUCAUGCUUGUUACAGUUUACCAAAGGUAGUUUGUAUUAAUUCAUUUUACAACAGAACCAUAUUUUGUCUUUCCAGCUUCUUAACCAUUGUUUCUUCCUAAGGAAUAAGUAUAAAAUUUAUUUUAAUAUGAUUCUUCACCCUGUAAAUAUGACAUCAUCCUAGAAAAGUAAAAUGGAAGAUGCCUUAUUAUUGCUGUUUCAAAUUAAUUUCAUAAUACUUUUGAGAUAUUUAAAAAUUUUUAAGUAUCAUAUUAAGAGUCAUUUUUUACCUACCCUUUUUUCAUUUUUUAAACUACUGGUACUAUUUCCUGUUCUGCUUAAAAUUUUACUUAUCUUUUACUGAUAACUUUCCUUCUUUAUUUUUCAAUUUUUUUUUAAUCAGCAAGAAUUUCUUUUUUUUUUUUAACAAAGUUGUAUUUAUAGCAACAUUUGUUAUAUUUAUCUGAUUUUUAAAUGUUUUCUUAAAGUGUUUUUUUUUUUUCCUCAUUAUUCUUGGUAUUCCAUACUUCUUUUUGCCGUUUUUGAAAAUGAUGCUAAAACUCAUUACUAGUUUUAUAUGUGUUUCUUCUUCAAUUAGCAACUGGAGACUUGAAGGAAACUUGUAACAACAGGACUUUUCUAGAAAAAUUUCUAGGGCAAUGUAUAUAGUAAAUUAUGAAAUCUCUCUUGAUGAAAAACCAUGAAUGUCUUUAUUUUUAUACAUUUUGAGAUUAACUAUCCAGAUAUAAUUUAAUAUAUAGGAGUUUUACAAUUUAUACUUCACCACAUUUGUACUGCUGUAUAGCAAGUAUAGACAUGGAGAGAAGGAGAAAGAAAUGUAAUUCUUGACCAUCAUAUUCACAGUUCAACAAAUACUUAAUGAGACCCUACUGUGGAACAUUCAAAAAGUUCCCUUUCCAUUUAAGUGAGAAAACAAGACCUACAUCAUUUAUUUAUUCAUUAAAUAGAGUGUACUUUAUGUUUUAAGUGUGUGCCAGGAGAUAGAAUGAUUAAAGUCAUGCCUUUUGCUCUUAUGGAGCUUACCAUCUCAUGAGGAGAGAAGAGUGAAUUGGUAGUCCCAACAGACAGAUGAGUACUAUGGUAGGAGCGACAUUUGGACUGUAGGAGCAUGUAAGAGAUAAACAACCCAGAUAUAGGGAACUAAGCAAGUUUUCCUGUAUAGUCACAUCUAUGCUGAGGCUUGAAGUAUGCAGGCCUGUUAGAAGUCAAGAAGGAAAUGUUUCAGGCAGAGCAAACUACAUAUGGAAAAUCUGGGACAAAAGAGAGCAUGGCUUCUUUGUAACACUGAGUAAUUUCACUGUAGUAAGUUCACAAUCGAAAUCAUAGAUGAGGGAUUGUGGUGGAAUGGCGAAACAUAAAGCUACUGAGGGAAGCCUACUCUAAAUUGUGAGGUUAACAUCAGUUAAUGAAAAGAUGUCUUGAUCUCUAACGUUGUUGGCUGCCGUCCAGUUGUCAGCCGUGUGUUACUUAGUACAUCUCCGUGGGGUUUUCUCGGCUGUAAUCUUUACCAAAGCAGAUCACUAAAACUUUCUUCCACAGAGCCACUGGGUGGGUAGUGGCAGUAAAGGUGGCAAAUAGAUAAAUUUGAGAGAGAUCAAUGAAGCAGAAUCAUUAUGUCUUAGAGAGUAGAGGAAUAAAGGAUAAAAUCUAGGUUUUUGGUUUGAGCAUCUGGUUAGAUGGUAGUAGCAUUCAGUGAGAUAUAAGAGAGCACUCCUAGAGAAGUAGCAGAAGGAAGACUUGGGGUUGAAGGCAGGUAUUAAAAAAAAAAAAAAAAAAGUUGUUUAUA